AUGGUUUCGGUGCCCGAAAGAUUUGAAGCCAAGAUUUCUGCAAUUGAAGAGUCUUGUGAUUUGCAAACUCUCACAAUUACUGAAUUGACCAGCAAGCUUCACGCACAAGAGCAAAGAGUCUCCAUUAGAAGUGAUGAAGUUGUUGAAGGUGCCUUUCGAGCAAAGCACAAUGGAAGGAAUUUUGGAAAGGCUGAAUUGAUGAAAAAAUUAAACGGUGCUUACUUUCCUGAGGAGAAACUCUGCAAAUGGUUCACUCAAUUACUGUUGGAAGUGGAAUACCUGCAUUCAAAUUUUGUUUUACAUCGUGACCUAAAGUGUUCCAACAUCUUUCUUAUCAAGGAUCAGGAUGUUCGCCUAGGGGAUUUUGGGCUUGCUAAGACACUAAAAGUAGAUGAUUUGGCAUCUUCGGUGGUAGUAACUCCUAAUUACAUGUGCCCUGAACUGCUUGCUGAUAUUGGUCACUAG